GUGGAAAUACGGAUGGAGUCCAUAUAAAAUCGAAAGAAUCUUAUAGUUCACCAUUUGCAAAGCUCGACUCACUAACUUUAGUUCGACUUGUUUUUCUUCGCCGUUGUUGUACAUUCAAACCUCCUACCACGAAGCGUGUGCACAUUACGCAAUGAAGCUCUCAACCAUCUCUACUGUCGUCUCCCUUGUACUCGGCACAUCGGCUGCUCCCGGAAGCCUUGAUAAGCGUGCAGUGCCAACGAUAUACACUGCCGGAGACAGCACCAUGGCAGCCAAGGGCGCCAACAAUGGAUUGACAGAUGGCUGGGGACAGUAUCUCUCCAAAUACACGACAGCGGCGGUCGUGAACAAAGCCAUGGCAGGCCGUUCAGCGCGCAGCUACACCAACGAAGGCCGGUUCACGGAGAUCGCCAAUCUCAUCACAGCCGGAGAUAUUGUGAUAAUUGAGCUUGGUCAUAACGAUGGCGGGACACCCACCUCGGCAUCUGACAACAAACGCAGUGAUUGCCCCGGAACUGGGACAGAGACAUGCAUUUCCGGACUGGACGGAUCCACCGUCUUCACGUACAACCACUACAUCGAAGCUGCAGCAAGAACGUUCAUCGCGAAGGGCGCAAAGGUUGUAAUUAGCAGCCAGACACCCAACAACCUAUGGGAAGGUGGCGUCUAUGCGGCAGUCGCACCCCGGUUUGUGUCUUACGCUGCGCAAGCGGCGAAGAAUGUCGGAACCGGCGCGAGCUUUGUCGACCACUGGCAAUCCGUUGCGAACAUGUACAAAAAGCUCGGCUCAUCAGCAACGAAUGCCCUGUAUCCCGCGGACCACACUCACACAAGUCCUGGAGGGGCCGAUCUGUCGGCGCAAGCCUUUGCCCAGGCCAUCAAGCUGGCCUUGAACGGCACUACCCCCCUGUCAUCGUUCCUAAAGCCCAAUAAUCCCACUGUGUGGUAGUUGCUUGCGGCUUUAGGAUUGAAAUAUUGAGGGUAAUUCUGCUUUGUUUCUGUAAAUAUUCUAUUCGUAUCUUGCAAUUGAGCCUGUGGUACUCUGAAUGUAUCAUUUGAC